AUGCCAAGGGCUCGUGGAUUUGAAUACUGGUUUGGUGGCAUUGAUCUCAAUGCAACUCCUGAAGCUAGUACAUCAACUGAUCAACAUGCUGGGCAGCCGCCAGAAGUCGGAGGCCAUCGUGUUGAUCCCCAAGGAGAUGAAGCAGGUCCUUCAAACAAUGAUCAGCAAGCUGAUUCGCGUGCACGAACUGGUGUUACACUUUCCAGUGAGGAAAGCGAUGGUGAAGCUGAGGUUGAGUCAACACCUGAAGGAUAUGUUCCAAAGGUUCCAUUUGUUGGCAUGAUGUUUGACACACCUGAUCUAGCUUUGCAGUACUACAACAGAUAUGCUCACCACGUUGGUUUUUCAGUGAAGAUAGAAUCAUCUAGGAGAUGUGCUAAAGAUGGUGAGCUGGAUAAAUUUGUUUAUGUGUGCAACAAAUCUGGGAAGCCUAGGGAAGAAGAAGCGAUCCCAGUUAAGCAGAGGAAUCGUAAGCUAACUGUGCUGACCGACUGCAAAGCAAAGCUUCGAGUAAAACGUGAUGGUGCUAGAUGGAAAGUUACUCAGUUUGUUGAGGUGCAUACACAUGAGGUGAUUGACAAGUUUGCGCUGAAGAAGUACUUGAGAUCCCACAACAAGAUCCCUGCAGAAGAGAAAAAGUUUAUCGACUUGUUGCAUGAAGUCAACCUUACUUCAGGAAGAAUCAUGGAAAUCAUGGGGGAGCUAUAUGGAAGCAAGCAGAAUGUCCCAUACAACAGCAAAAUAGUUAGUAACUACACUGCAAAACUAGGGAACUAUGACAGAAUUAAAGAUAUCCCAGAACUGCUAGAGUACUUUGAAGAAAUCAAGAAAGAUGAUCCCAGAUUUUUCUACAAGUUCAAGCUAGAUGCAGAAAAUAAAGUGGAGAACCUAUUCUGGGUGGAUAGCAAAGCAAGAGAUGUCUACCCCCUGUACAAUGAUUGCAUUUCUUUUGAUAUAACAUUCAUGACAAACCAGUACAGCAUGCCAUGUGCUCCUUUCAUUGGAAUAAAUAGAUAUGGUCAAUCCAUCCAGCUUGGUUGUGGUUUUGUGAGGAAUGAAUCUUCUGUGAAUUUUGUGUGGUUGUUUGAGCGGUUUUUAGAGGCAAUGGAUGGGCUACAUCCAUUGAACAUCAUUACUGAUCAAGAUGCAGCUAUCAGAACUGCUAUCCUCAUUGUGUUUAUUGGCAUCAUACACAGCAUGACACUGGAAGAGUUUGAACAGAGAUGGGAAAAUAUGGUGGAAACGCAUGGGGUUGCAGAUAACACACAUUUUCUUGACCUCUAUGAUUUGCGUGAGUAUUUUGUGCCAGGAUAUUUCCGCCACCGGUUUUUCCCAUUCCUUCAAACUACAUCUAGAAGUGAAGGUUUUAACGCUGUUCUUAAGCAGUAUGUUCAUCCACAUGAUAGCCUUGUUCGUUUCUUCAAGCAGUACAUGAAACUGCAUGAAAGAAUUGAUAUAACUAAAGAUGCUCAUGAGUUUGAUGGUGAUGAGAAGAAACUUGAGCUUCGCAAUAUUACAUCCUACAAUGUUCGUGACAUUGGUGUUAUUGAAAAAGGGAGCAUUCAUGAGGUUUUCCCAAUACAAGGAUCCGUGCGCGGGUACGGUAGGAGGAGUUAUCGUGUCGAUGCUAAUGUAGCUAAUGGGAUCUACAAUUGUGAAUGUUGCAAAAUUAAUAGGGAUGGUAUCCUGUGCUGCCAUGCAAUGAAAGUUAUGUCACAUCUAGGGAUGGUUACAAAAUACCCAGAGCACUACAUCCUACCUAGGUGGUGUCUACCCCCUCCCGACAUAGUUGCACCGCGGGAUGAGAGGCAAGAAAAGCCUGUUGGCCAGAAACUAUCUAGAAAAGAUAUGAGAUUGCUUAGAUAUGGUAACCUUUGCAGUGAUUUUGCUACGCUUGCUGUUGGUUUAGCAGCCUCAGAGAAAACAAAUGAAAUAGCUGAACGACACAUGAGAGCAAUGGAGAAAGAGAUUGCAGAUAUGAAAAAGGCUGCUGCUGAUGCACUCAAAAAGAGGAAGAGCGCCAAGCAUCCAGUGAACACCAACCCUGCUAAUGAUUCACAAGAAAGUGUACCUAUGGAAGAAGAUGCUGCUACUGUGGAGAAUCGGAAAGCUAGGAACCCACCAAUGUCAGCGACAGAAGGGCGCCCAGGUUCAAAAAGAAAGAAAGGUGGUCUACAGUUACAGAAACCAAAACAAGGUCUUUGUGGUGUGUGCAAGCAACCAGGUCAUGAUGCUCGUACGUGCGAGGUGCGACUAGCAAACCCAGAGAAGUACAGUUUGUUGGGCCUUUUUCGUUGA